AAUUAUCGCCUUCACGCUAAUAGUCAGGUUGGUGAUGGUGCCCCUUACGGUCAAACAGAGUCGCCAAAUCAAGUCCAUGAGCGCGCUCCAACCUCUCAUGAAGGAGAUCCAGACAAGCACAAGGGAGACCGGCAGCGAGCGUCCCAGGAGACGAUGAAGCUCUAUCGAGACCGCGGCGUCAAUCCAUUGGGCUGCCUAGGUCCGAUGUUCAUUCAGUUCCCGAUCUGGAUAGGGCUGUACCAGUCGAUCGUGCAUGGUGUAAUUCCCAUCGACAGCAGUUUCCUGUGGUUGGACCUUGCGCGACCCGACCCGACUCCGUUCGUCAUGCCGGUUCUCGUUGGUGUUUCGAUGUGGGUCAUGCAGAAGAUGACCACAAUGCCUAGCGCAGAUGAGCGCCAGGCAUCUACUAACAGAAUGAUGCUGUGGAUGAUGCCGGCCAUGUUCGGGUUCUUCACCCUGAAUUUCCCGAGUGGCCUGGCGCUGUACUGGGUAGUGUCGAACGUUGUCGGCCUGGUAAUUCAGGGCUUCGUUACCGGCUGGGACCCCAUCAUAAACCUGUUCAAGUUUGGGCGCGGUCAGUCCGAUGAGUCCGCCGCAGUCUCGGCGCAGUCGGCGUCCGCGCUAGUUCCAACUGUCGAGGAGACAACCGAUGAAGGAGAUAGAGAUAUCGGCCAGAACGGUAGAAGAAGCAAUCGAGCUAGCUCUAAAGGAACUAGACGCAGACCGCAGCGACGUAGAAUAGACGCGUCGUGUCGCGAGUCAGAUCUGGAAUUCUCGGAUAGGCCCUGA